AUGAAUAUUGAUCAGUCGCGUUUCUGUACUUGCUUUUCGCAGGAUGUUAUCCUAGAGAUCUUGUGUUUCUUCGCAGUAGAACAUGUACAUAAGUCGAAAAUUCAGUGCGCAUGGAUGGAUGAUUCUCCCCUUCGUAUAGUAGAAGCUGAGGAAGGGGAGUUCACUUCGCUGACCUACACUAAUCUGGUACCUACAACAUCGGAAUAUGUAGGAACAAGUGUUGAGCCAAGUAAUGUGUAUCCAGAGCUACUCGGGCUUGUGGAAGCCCAGAUCGAGUUCUGUGACCAGCUUCUCAUACGAAUUACAGAAGCUCGAAGGCGAUUAGCGGAAAAGAAGGCAAUACUUGAGAAGAAAGCUGAACAGGAGCGACUAUCAGGAGCCGCAUCUCGAUCCAGAGUACCUGUUAUCCAGUAUAUGCCUCCCUACUUCAAGGACGAGAGCAUGAUGUGCCCUCCUCAAAACGAAGAAGCGAGACAUAAACUGCAGUACACUACUUUUGACCCACUGACUAGGGAGGAUAGGAAAUGGUCAACACAAGAAUUGCGAAUACUUCGCGAGGCCGUCAAAGAAUCAGUUGUCCAUGCUGGUGUACAGAAAUUCAUCGAUAGGAAAGAUGUGCUGCGCUCCAAAAUACAGCGAGCUGGUGUAGAAACUACGCCAGAGGAUAUGCAGGCUUGGAAGGAAGAGUACGAAGCGCUGAACAGAAAGAUUCAACACUAUCGCAACGGAAUUGGUGAUUCACAACAAUCCGAUUUGAUUGAUUACUCGUGUGUUGAUUGGAUGAAAAUUUCGACGAUAGAGUUCAGAGGAAGUCGAUCGGCUGCUAGUUUGCGCUACAAAUGGUUGAAUGAACAGUGCCCACGAUGGAACAGCGAUGAUUGGGCUAAGGAAGAGCUGCAGAAGCUGAAAGAUUAUCGCGAAGAUCCUUCGUUCACUUCAUGGGCAGCGCUCGCUAAGAAGCUAGAGACGCGACGUUCUCCGUACAUGUGUUUUGAGAGAUACCGUAGCGAUUUGUACAAGAGAUCCAAAGAUUGGACUAAAGAAGAAGAUGAGCGGCUCAUUGCUCUUGUCAAAGUGAUGACUGUAAACGGAAAUGUGCAAUGGGACAAAGUCACAUUCUAUAUGCCUGGUAGACAUCGUCAGCAAGUUCGUGCUAGGUAUCAGCAUACACUCGAUGAGAAUGUUCGACAUGGACGUUGGACGGAUCAUGAAGAUUUGCUGCUGAUGUCGGCUGUGGCUCGCUUUGGUGCCAAAGAUUGGGGUAAGGUAGCGAAAGCGGUUUAUGGAAGAUCUGAUGGACAGUGUCGAGAGCGCUGGUGCAAUGUACUUGAUAAAUGCACUGAAGCUGGCGACUGGACUGCUGAGGAGGACGAGCGCCUUGUACUAGGAAUACAAAUUUUUGGGCGAGGUAAAUGGUCCAAAAUAGCUGAAAUGUUGCCCAGGCAUACUCCAGAUACAAUACGAGACCGCUAUCAACAGCUUCUCACUGCAAAGAUGAGGGUGAGAAACUUUGUUUUCUGCAGUAUUAUUGGUAGCAAGGGCCAAGCGAGACAUCAGAAAGCUAUCGUAGAGAGGGGCGUACAGGAAAUAGCACAAAAAUUCAGAAAUGGUCAGAGAACUUCGAGGAGUGAACUGAUCAGAAAAAUUGAUCUUUCUGAAAGGGAAGUGGCAUCCAUCAUCAAAGCAGCUAAAAAGCAAAAUCAGGGCUCCAAAACGCGACAAUUUCACGCAUUUGGUGGUGUGAAGAGGAUAAGAAAGAACAUGCACUUGCUACCUGAUACAAUGUGGGAAAAGACCGAAUUCAAUGAUGAUGAACCAGAGGAAGAGCGAAUUAUGUGUUUGACUGAAGCAUUGUGCCAAGCCGUUCGCAAGUAUGAUCAACACGAAUGGGGCAACAAAUUCUUUCUGAAUCAUGAACGUCCGGAAAGUGUGGUCUCCUCCUAUGUAACAAAUAUGCUCAGUGAAAAGUGUGAUGAGGUGGCGCAAAUCUUCCGAGAAUGCAAUAGUGCACCUGUUGACGCAACACUGCCCACUACUUUCACAACCGCCUCGGCUUAUCGCGUCUUCCAGCGCGUCCGUCCGUCACUGACAGGUAGAGGCGCUAAAUACUUCAGUCCUAACGACUUUGGCGUUGCUGAUCUCGUUCUUAUGCCUGAUGCAGAUCUCAUUCGAACAUAUACGGUUCACGUUCGUCUCAAUAUUCAGCUACACCCAAAUGUUCUCAUAGAUCCCGAUUAUCUCAAGUUGAAGGCUCAAGUGCGUUUAUUUGUUGAAAGUUUUCAUCCUUGUAGAAAGCAGCACGAAAUAUUCUUGUCACUGGCAAUGAGCAUCUCUUUAGAACUUGUUUUUCUCGUGGUAGACAAGGUUUGCAAUCCAUCUGCUCAUAAAAAACGCGGUCGGCCAAGAAACGACGAUGUGUUAGCAGCAUGGGAGAAAUACGUAAACAGGACUAAAAAGCGUCUGACGAUGACAUGUCACUCGAAUUACCUGAGGAUAAUGAGACCGAACCAUCACAAUCCUCGCAGCAGAGUCAAUAGGGUCAUUCAUCAUGUUUGUGCACUGCGCCAGGAGCAUAGUGAAAAGAGAUAUGGAGAAGAGCAGGUGGCGUUUCUGUCCAAACGAAAGUUCCUUUUGAAAUAUUUUGUGCGCGAGUGUUGUGACAAGGCCUUCUCGAACUGCUUUAAAUGCACAGAAUGGUCCACAAAACCAGAAACACAGCGCAAGACAGAUCUUAAUAACGUAUAG